GGCCCUGAGUUGGAUUGCAAAUAUAACUUCAUUGGGUAUUGCAAGGAAAUUGUGUUAUAAUAUAAUAAUGAAUUAGUUAUUAUAUUAUUCGUUUGAUUGGCCCUACCGGAAAAAUGUAUCUUUGUAUGCUUUUGCUCUCAAUUCUAUUUUAGUUACUAGUCUUUGAUGGACCUCAACAUCAAACGGUGGGUUGGUUUAAUUACGACUAAAGCCCAUCUUUCUCUCUGCUAUUUCCGCCAAAUUGGAGGGUUAUUUUGGCACAUGAUCUAACUUUCAAAAGCCUCUCCACGCCUCCUCUGAAAGUAACCGCCAUUUUCCGUCCAACCAAGUCCCAAACUUGCCCUCUAAGAAAUUUCAAAUCCGACCCCAUUCUCUCCUACUCUGCAUUCUCAGCGCUUCUCUUCCCCGAUCCCUCCCCGCUCCCCAAGGGUUCGAGCUUUGAAGCGCGAGGUUGCGGAGAGAUGGCGGGGAAAGGAGGAAAGGAGCUUUUGGCUUCAAAGGCCACCGCGGCGAACAAGGACAAGGGGAAAAAGAAGCCGGUGUCGCGCUCCUCGCUUGCCGGUCUCCAGUUCCCUGUUGGCCGGAUUCACCGUCAGCUAAAAUCAAGGAUCUCGGCGAGCGGGCGUGUAGGAGCCACGGCAGCCAUGUACUGGGCAGCAAUCUUAGAGUAUCUAACAGCCGAAGUGUUGGAGCUGGCGGGGAAUGCAAGCAAAGACCUUAAGGUGAAGCGCAUCACACCCCGCCACCUUCAGUUGGCCAUUCGCGGGGAUGAGGAGCUCGACGGUCUCAUCAAGGGGACCAUUGCCGGCGGCAGUGUUAUCCCGCACAUCCACAAGUCCCUCAUUAACAAGUCCUCCAAGGAGUGAACGUUCUCUACUGCUCACACGAAGCAAUUAUGUGUAUCUAUUUUCUCUAUUUCGUCGUGAACGAGUAGGUUGUUUAUGGGGGACUAAAUGGAAUGUUAUUAGUAGGUGUAGUUACUUACACUAGGACUGAGAUUUGUGCUCUUAGUAGGUGUAGUUACUUGUAUUACGACACUGCAGGUUGUAACUGUUUAUAAUUGUGCUAAAAUUAUAUGUAGAUCAGCUCAGCUUGCUUGGAGUAAAGUUCUUGCAGUGAUGAAGUUAUGACACUGCAGGUCGUAACUGUUUAGUGCUGCAUACUGCAGUGAUAUUUCUGAAGUAAACACGAAGUUGACUGGUGAGUUGGUUAUUAUGUGCACAAAUGGGCGUGGUUUGUGGUGAAGUUUGGCGGAUUCUUUUCAGGACGUACCCACAAACAUGGGCUGAAUGGAGUAUUCGACGAAUUGGCCCACAAACAUGGGCGGGAAUCUUUUUCCAAUUUUCACAGAGUUAGAUUUUGUUUUAUUGAAUUAUUACAAAUCAACAUAGGAUUUAGAGUAUUGUCGUAUCUUAAACUCAGUCAGUAUUUAUGCAGCAAAACCAAUUUCCUACCCUUUUCCGGUC